AUGUCACCACGUCUCAAAAUAUCAAAAUAUGUUAUCGAGAGAUUAUCCAAGAUCGACACGAACGAAACUACAGGAUGCCUUUACGGCCUCAUGUACGACAGUACAUUGCUUGUUGUUGGACUGAGUUUAGAGUUUUUUGAAGAUGAAAAAAACACAUAUCGGCAACUCCUUCUUCAUUUACCUGCUGAAAUUGAGUUGUGCGGUGUUGUGAAGUUCACUGGUUCACUAUCUAUAGAAUCGAAACCUAAGGAGAUACUCCAGAAUGUGGAUAUAACUGAUAAUCCUCUGUUUCUCAUUAUAAAUAAUGAGAAAGAUAUAAAGGCACAUUUUCUUGUACAUGAUAAAUUUGAAGAAACACCAUUUGAAAUUCUUCAACCAGAAGAUCUUUGGAAACAGUUCACUUAUGUCCGACUGAACACAAUUUUACCGUUAACAUGUGAAGCCACUAUGACCGGUGUGAAAAAUAUUAUGCAAAAUAAGAGAAAGAAGAUAGCAUCAGGGCAAGUGUCUUUCCACAUAGAUGGAUCAUCAGUAUAUUUAUUUGGAGUAGACUCUGAUGUUGGAGUCACAGGUACUAGUGUUGAAACUGAUAUCGGAGAGUUGAUUGACUCUUUGAAUCCUGAACAGUCCUCUAAGAAGAAGAAGAAUGUUAUAAACAAAGCUGAAAUAAUGUCAGUUAAUUUAGUUAUGAAGGCUACAAAGGAUAUGUUUUCGGACAAAUUAGUUAAAACAGCUGUUAAAAUGAUGACUACACAGAGAAAACCUGCAUUUUGUAUAAGUAUGCCUCUAAGAGUGGACACAUUGGCUCUUGUACAUAGAAAUACUAAAUUAUCAGAACUUUACAAUGUGUUAGUUGAAGCUACUUGUCGCUCUCUAAAACUAUUAGAAAGUGUUCUGUUAGAACAAUUAGGUCAAGAAGGUAUUGGUGAUGGGGCUGGUUUACGUCUGCCGGAAACAUUCCAUUAUUUGCCCCAAGAACUGGGACACUUUAUCACCAGGGUCGUGCCAAAGGAUAUUCCUGAUGAAAGCAUGGAAAAAGAAAGGCGCAUACUCCACGAGCAACUGGGUUUGUCUGUACAAAGGCCUAUAUUUAGAAGAGGAAAUGCUUACAAUUUCAUUAUAAGUAAGCUUGUUAAUCCACAUGAAGCGAUAACUGUACAUUCAUUGAAGCCUGAUGUUCGAGUAGCAUUGGUCAGAGGAAGAUAUAUUUACUAUCAUUACAUGCAAGAUAACUUCAACGAUGACGGCUGGGGCUGUGCAUAUCGUUCAAUGCAGACUAUAUUUUCUUGGUUUAGGUUCCAAGGUUACACAUCAGUAGAAGUACCCACACAUAGAGAAAUCCAACAGUGCCUUGUUAAUAUCGGUGAUAAGCCUACAUCAUUUUUGGGUUCAAAGCAAUGGAUAGGUUCUACAGAAGUAAUGUUUUGUUUGGAGACCCUUUUAGGUGUACAAUCUAGGAUUAUUUUUGCUAACACGGGAUCAGAAUUGCUCAAUUACACCCCAGAGCUUGUUCAUCAUUUUGAGAAACAUGGAAGUCCUAUCAUGAUUGGCGGAGGAGUAUUAGCGCAUACGAUUAUUGGUGUGGAAUACAACAAUAUAACAAAUGAAACGAGAUACCUCAUCUUGGACCCACAUUAUACAGGUGUAGAUGAUAUAAACACUGUUAUAAGCAAAGGCUGGUGCGGUUGGAAGAAUUCAGACUUUUGGAACAAAACUGCCCAUUAUAAUCUAUGUUUGCCACAAACGAAACCAUCUAUAUGA